AGUUGAAUUAACCUGCAGUAGGCUACUCAACAGUCCACACAGAACACUGGGACCACAACACAACUCAGCAGUGGCAGAGUGAAGAUUGACGGCAUGUGGUGUGAAUACUAAUGGACACAGCUUCAAACCACUUUGAAGCGCUGAUGGACAGCAGGAUGGAGGUAGAAGCUAAAUGCCCCCUCGGCCACUUCCCCUGUGGGAACUUGAGUGAGUGCCUCCCCCAGGCUUUGCAGUGUAACGGACACAAAGACUGUCGCAAUGGAGCUGAUGAGUGGAGCUGUGGAGAUAACAUCGGAUGGGCGGACUUAUUUGGUGAUAAACUACUAGAUGCCAGUCAAAUGGAAAAGUAUAUCCUGAAUGAGUGUUUUUUGCAGGAGUAUCCAGAGAGUUGCAACUGCAUUAAGACCGAUGUCGAGUGUGUGGGGGUCAAGCUGCAGGAUGUUCCUCUACUCUCCCCAAAUGUUACCUGGCUGUCAUUGAAGAGCAAUGAGAUCCAGGUGUUGUCUGAUUUUGUUUUCUCAGAAUACUCUUCUCUACAGAGACUGUUCUUGCAAAACAACAGCCUCCAGAUCAUAUCCAAACAUGCCUUCAGGGGCCUGCACAGUUUGAAGAAGUUGUUUCUCAGUGACAACUUGAUAUCCUCCCUCAGUCCUGGUGUGUUCAGGGAUCUCCAUCAGUUAGAGUGGCUGAUGUUAGAUCAUAACCCUCUAAGCAGCUUAUCCCAGGACACCUUCAUCGGGCUCCAGUCCCUCAUGUACCUAUCCAUGGUGGGCACCGCGCUGCAGCAGCUUCCACACCCGAGCUUCUGUCAACACAUGCCUGCAUUGGACUGGCUGGAUCUUGAGGGAAACCAGAUUGAAACUCUCAACUACUCGAUCUUGAAGACCUGCAGCAAACUAGAAGUUCUGUUACUGAUGGACAACAGGAUCAGAAGAGUUCCUGAAAACACCUUCCAGUCUCUGUGGAAAUUGGCUGAACUGAAUCUGUCCAACAACCGGAUCAAGGAGCUCCCGAAAAACACCUUUAAGAGCCUCUUCAAGUCCCUCCUUAAACUAAAUAUCUCCCACAAUCCCCUUCUCCACAUUCACCCCAGCCACUUCAACCACCUGACACAUCUUCAGUCUCUGGCGCUGGAGGGCAUAGAGAUCCCAUAUAUUCAGACUAAGAUGUUUUUACCGAUGAAGAACCUCUCCCACAUCUACUUUAAGAAGUUCCAGUACUGCUCCUAUGCACCUCAUGUGAGGUCCUGUAAGCCCAACACAGAUGGCAUCUCUUCCUUUGAGAACCUGCUGGCUAACGUAGUGCUGCGAGUGUCUGUGUGGGUCAUGGCCUUCAUCACCUGCUUCGGUAACCUCUUUGUCAUCGGCAUGAGGUCGCUGAUACGAGCAGAGAACAACCUGCAUGCCGCCUGCAUUAAGGUCCUCUGCUGUGCAGACUGCCUCAUGGGUGUGUACCUGUUUUUUGUUGGAGUGUUUGAUGUGAAAUUCCGCGGGCAGUACAACCGUAACGCCCUGCUCUGGAUGGAGAGCGUGGAGUGUCGGACCAUUGGAUUCCUGGCCAUGCUCUCCUCAGAGGUGUCUGUUCUCCUCCUGACCUACCUGACUCUGGAGAAAUUCCUGGUCAUUGUGUUCCCCUUCAGCAAUCUGCGCCCGAGCAAACUUCAGACUGUGGUGGUCCUGGCCUCUAUCUGGCUACUGGGGUUCAUAAUUGCUGCAGUGCCCCUAAUGAAUGAGGACGUGUUUGGAAACUACUACGGACGCAAUGGGGUCUGCUUUCCCCUGCACUCUGACAGGCAAGAAAAACCUACUGCCAAAGGAUAUUCCACAGGGAUUUUUCUGGGUCUAAACCUGGCGGCAUUCCUGGUGAUCGUCUUCUCCUACUCCAGCAUGUUUUACUCCAUCUAUAAAACUGGCAUCAACGCCAUGGACUUGAGGAGCAGACUGCACAGAGAUGUGGCUGUGGCCAACAGAUUUUUCUUCAUCGUGUUCUCUGAUGCCCUCUGCUGGAUUCCCAUAUUUAUGGUGAAAAUCCUCUCACUGCUGGAGGUGGAGAUACCUGGCACCAUCUCCAGCUGGGUGGUCAUCUUCAUCCUUCCCAUCAACAGCGCCUUGAACCCCAUCCUGUACACCUUGACCACCAGCUUUUUCAGAGAGCAGGUGGAGGUCUUACUCUGUCGCUGGCAAAGAAGACACAUGUUGAAAAAAGACCGCAAAAGCCUCACCUCCUCCGCAAUAUUCAUGGAAACGGCACGGCCCCCUUGCUACCAGCCACCACACUACCUCCAGCCGGGGUCACUGACUGGUGCAGAUCCCCGUUACGCCUGAGGGAGGCAGGAACUUUCCUGGCACUUUGUACACUACUGGUCGAGAGCCUGUUGCUGGCUGGCUAUAUCUUUAGGCUUCUACACGACAGUGGCACUACUUUAAUGAGACUGGCUUUCCAUUGGAAAAAGAAUAACAAUCACUGAGCUGUCUCGUCAGGCUCUCAAGUGCUCUGCAUUUGUAAAAAUGACACGAUGCUUUUGUCCAAAGCAGUUUACAUUUUAUUCCCCCUAUGUAUACAGACAGGGAGCACUUUGGCACCCAGUGUGUUGCUCAGACUUACUUUAAAAU